AUGCUAACUCUUCCAUUGCUUAUCUCUUUAACAUUCCUAGUUUCAAUUCUAAGUAUUUCCUUUGCAAUAGAUACCAUUAGCUCCACUCAAUUCCUUAAAGAUGGUCAUACUAUUGUUUCUUCUGGUGGAAUCUUUGAGAUGGGGUUUUUUAGCCCUACCGGUUCACAAAAUCGCUACGUUGGCAUAUGGUACAAGCAAAUACCUGUAUGCACUGUAGUAUGGGUUGCCAAUAGAGAUACUCCCCUCACUAACACAUCAUCAGUGGUCUUGAAGAUUGUGGUUCCAGGCCGGUUAGCUCUUGUUGAUGAUGGCAAUUCCAACACUUCCAAUAUCUGGUAUACUAACACUUCCAGACAAGUCCAAAAUCCGGUUGCUAAACUAUUGGAUUCUGGGAAUCUGGUGGUGAUAGAUGCAAGUGAUGAUAAGGCAGCGAAUUUGGUGUGGCAAAGUUUUGAUCAUCCUACAGAUACUCAUUUGCCCGGCAUGAAAAUCGGGAGGAAUUUCGUUACUGGUGUUGACACAACUAUGUCAGCAUGGAAAGCUGAAAACAAUCCAGGGGUUGGGGAAUAUAAGCUUGUCCUUGAUCCUACAGGAUAUCCACAAGUUAUCUUAAGAAAAGGUACAACGGAAGUGUAUCGAUCAGGGCCAUGGAAUGGUUUGCGAUGGGGUGGAUUACGUGGAAUUGAAAAGGGCUACAUUGUUGGAAUAUCUGUAGUCAUUAAUUCAAAUGGGGUUUUCACCAGCUAUAAGGUUUAUAAUAGCUCAACUUUGUUCAGGAUAGUCCUGACAAGCGCUGGGAGUAUAGAAGCCUAUUUAUGGGCAGAUGGGACAAGGGAAUGGAGCAGUGUCCUUAAAGUACCAACAGAUGUUUGUGACGGAUAUGGAUUCUGUGGGGAAUAUGGGAGUUGCAACUAUAAUAACUACCCUUUUUGUGGAUGUUUGGAACAUUUUUUGCCUAGAGAUCCAGCAGCAUGGGACAGGGCAGAUUUUUCCGGAGGGUGUGUUCGAAGGACACCCCUUAAUUGUCAAAAUGGAUCCUCAAAUGGAUUCUUGAAAUACUCUGGUAUUAAAUUGCCAGAUGCAAAGGUUUCACGCUUCAAUACCAGUAUGAACCUUCAAGAGUGUGAGCAAGCUUGCUUCAACAAUUGCUCUUGUAUGGCUUAUUCAAGUUUAGACAUAAGCAAUGGAGAAAAUGGAUGCUUGCAUUGGUUUGGCGAUUUGAUUGACAUUAAUGUGGUACCUUCAGAUGGGCAAGAUCAAGAUCUUUACAUAAGGAUGGCUUCCUCUGAUUUAGAUUACCCUUCAAGCUCAAAGGGCAAGAAAUCAAAAAUAAUAGAAUUGUGUUCAUCAUUGGUUGGAAUUCUGGUGCCAAGCUUCACCUUGGCUCUAAUCAUAAUAAUGUACAAACGAAAAAGGAAGGAGAUCGAUUUAAAGUUAAAAUGGGAAGAAGACCAAACAUUAUUUGAAGUAUCUACAAUAACAAGAGUUACUCAUAACUUUUCACCCAACAACAAGAUUGGAGAGGGAGGGUAUGGCCUGUUUACAAGGGUGUUCUGGAUGAUGGGAAGGAAAUAGCUGUGAAACGUCUUUCAAAGACAUCCAAGCAAGGGCUUGGAGAAUUUAAAAAUGAAGUCAAUUCUAUUGCCAGACUUCAACAUAGGA